UUAAAUUAGUAUUUUUACUUAUCGAGGGAAAUGCCCCAAAUGAUCACCAAACAAGUUAUAUUGUAGUAAUACAAUCCGGCGCCGACGCCGGUGAACAAACAUGACCGAAGUGUUGUAGUAUAUAUUUGGCUCCGCCAUUCCCUCCGCACAACACAAGCCACCGAGCCGGAGACUGUAGCCAGCAAAGACAGACCAAUAAUACACUAUAUAUGAAUAUGAGGACUGCUCGUCUAGUUUUCAAGUUUCGCGCCAAGGCCGCAACCACCUCUCUCUGCAUAACCGCCGCCGGCGCCGGCGCUCUCGCCACCCACACCAUAAACCCUAGCUUUCCCCCAUUUUCUGACCAUUCUCGUCUCAUUUCCGCAGCUUUCUCUCAGAAAAUUAGGGCUGGACUUGGCGGAGUCGUACGAUCCUCCCGCGCCAUCUGGACCAUCACUGCAAAUGUUGUUGAUUACAAGUAUUCUUUGCAUGGGUUGUCGGUGAAAUCGGACGAAUAUCAACAUGUACUAUCUGAGCUGUCUUGCAACAAUUGCAAUAGAAAAUACCUUCGGUACCAGGUUCACUUGCGCUCAGCCAAGAGAAUUUUACGACUAUGUGAAGCCAAUAAAGGUUUCUACGUGAAAGCUGGUCAGUUUGUUGCAGCCCUGCAGCAGGUCCCAAAAGAAUACUCGUCAACUCUUAUAUCCUUACAGGAUCAGGUAGUUCCUUGCAAUUUCAAAGCUAUAAAAGACGUACUAACCAGCAAUUUGGGACCAGAUUUAUCAGAGAUAUUUCUUUUCUUGGAUGAACAUCCCAUUGCUGCUGCUUCUAUUAGUCAAGUACACCGUGCCAUAUUGAAAGACCAUCAAGAAGCUGCAGUUAAGGUUCAAUAUCCUGGGCUGGAGCUCCAGCUGAAAGUAGACAUUGCAACCAUGUCCUUCCUCUCCAAAUCCGUUGCAUGGUUUUUUCCUGAAUACAGGUUUGGAUGGUUGGUCUCAGAAUUCGCGGAGACUAUUGCCUUGGAACUUGAUUUCAUCCAUGAAGCAAGAAAUUCAGAGAGAACAGCCGAAAACUUCAAAAACAACGCAGUGGUCAGGGUUCCUUUUGUUUUUUGGGAGUUAACGACAAGCCAGGUUUUGACGAUGCAGUUUUGUAAGGGAUGCAAGGUUGAUAACUUGGAAUUUCUGAGGGAAAUGAGGAUCAACCCAAUAAAGGUUGCCAAAGCAUUAGUGGAAGUGUUUGCUGAAAUGAUUUUUGUCCAUGGCUUUGUGCAUGGAGAUCCACAUCCCGGUAAUAUAUUGGUUGCUCCAGAAGGACCAAACGGCUUUUGUUUAGUUCUUCUAGAUCAUGGGAUCUACAAACAGUUGGAUGAAGAAUUCAGACUGGACUAUUGUCAACUCUGGAAGGCUUUGAUUCUUCAGGACUCGAAUAAAAUACAGCAGCUUGCUGAACGCUUUGGUGUUGGGAAGUACUCAAGAUACUUACCCCUCAUAUUCACAGGUAGAACGACUGAGAGUAAAUCUGCUCUUGGAAGAGGAAUGUCAGCUGAAGAGAAAAAGAAUCUAAAGCAGGAGUUGAAGUCUUUAAAGAUAGAGGAUUUAUCUUCAUUUAUGGAAUCUCUACCCUCUGACUUUCUAAUGAUAUUGCGCACUGACGGGAUUCUAAGGUCUUUACUUAGCAAGUUAGGUGCUCCACAACGGGUCCGGCUGCUAACUUAUGCUAAAUAUGCACUAUAUGGGCUUUCUCCAAAGUUGAAUCCUGAAACUGAUCUUGGGGCGAAAGUGUUCUCAUCCAGAUUUAUGGCAAACAUGAGUUACCUUCAAUUGAGACUUGUUCUAGAGGUACUGGAGUUUCUUUCUUGGAUUGAGGAAGUCAAACAUUCAUUCGUCCAGAGGUUUAAACAGAUUCUUAUUUCAGCUGGUUAUCUUGUUAGAAAUUUGUUAACCCUUUCUGCCCUAACCCCAUGAUUUAGUAGUAAAGGUGUCUCCAAUUACAAUUGGAAUGUUUGUUCAAUGCCCCAACUAUAAUUUGGUGGAAGGCAAGCUGCAAAAUGUGCAUCAUUUAGAAACAUUGCAAGCCCCACCAUUUUAAAAAUUAUGUACAAGUUGCAUAUUGAUGAACUCCAAAAUAUGUUUAAACUCGAUUUUAUUUUUAUUUUUUUUUACGUACAAUCACACUUGACUUGUAUAACAUGACUAGUUUGAUUUACGUUACAGUCAUGAGGGAGACAUAUAUACAACCAGAGCGGGAGAGAUGAGUAUAA